AUGGCGGCGGGUGACGCGGACACGGCUCAGCAACAAAUCGAUGAAAUUGAAGCUCUUUCAUCCAUAUAUGGUGAAGACUGGUGUGUUGUUGAUGAAGAUGAAAAAAUCUACUGCAUUAAGAUUAAGGAUUGUCUGCAUCAACCAAAAUGGACCCUCUGUCUGCAGGUGAUUUUGCCGCCAGGUUAUCCAACUGCAGAACCACCUAUUUAUCAACUAAAUGCCCCUUGGCUCCGAGGACAAGAUUAUACAGAACUAGCAAAUAGCUUGGAAGAAAUAUAUGUACAGAACCUUGGUGAAAGUAUACUUUAUUUAUGGGUGGAGAAGAUACGAGAAGUUCUGGUAGAAAAGGCACAGUCAUCAGAUCCAGAACCAGAUAUUAAGAAAACCAGUGAAGAAGUUGAUGGAGGUGAUGGGGAUGGUUUUCUUCUAGACUAUCAAUGCGCUCAGGAAGAUCCAAUUAAAAUGUUAAAUUACAUUACAUCUGAAAGUCAAGCAGAUGAAGAACUGCCAUCCAUACAUCAUGGAAACCCAAUCACAGAUCGAAGGAGUACUUUCCAGGCACAUCUAGCUCCUGUGGUGACACCUAGACAAGUAAAGAGAGUUCUUGAAAAAUUGUAUGAGAAUAAGAAAAUUGCAAGUGCUACCCACAACUUAUAUGCGUACAGAAUAUACUGUGAAGAUAAGCAGACAUUCUUACAGGAUUGUGAAGAUGAUGGAGAGACAGCAGCAGGUGGACGUCUUCUUCAUCUUAUGCAGAUUUUGGAUGUCCGCAAUGUGUUAGUCGUGGUAUCCCGCUGGUAUGGAGGUAUUCUCUUAGGACCAGAUCGCUUUAAACAUAUAAACAAUUGUGCAAGAAAUGUGCUUGUGGAACACAAUUAUGUGCAUUCAGCGGAAGAAUCAUCUAAACAAGCAGGAAAGAACAAAAAGAUAAGAAAAGACAACAAGAAGAGAACAGAACACUAAUUUAUUUUUUAAAACCAUAAAUGAUGAUUUUUGCACGUAUUUAUACAAAGAAAAUGUGGACUCUAUUGCCUUAUCCAGUGUGACAGGUCUUUUGUAUUCAAAAGAGAAUUCAGUAAAGCUAUAGCUAUAUUUU